AUGCCAACGCGGCUAUUAGACCUUGGCGACAGCAACUCAACCACAUGGUGCCUCUUUGAGACGCAACAAGUUAAGGUUCCAUAUGUUGCGCUUUCACAUCGCUGGACUGCAGAUACACCAACACUCCUAACGAGGGACUAUGCAGAGUGCUUGAAUCCUCAACCAGAUGCGCUAUUACCCCAAAGCUACAAAGAUAUUUUGGAGAUCUGCCGCGCUCUCCCUAUACGCUGUCUCUGGAUUGACUCUCUGUGCAUCAUCCAAGAUGAUAAUGGUGCUGAUUUUAGCCACGAAGCACCUUUGAUGAUGGAUGUAUAUCGGUAUGCAUUUCUCACAGUCAUGAUAUGCUGGCAAUUUGGAGAAACCACUGCUUUCCGAAAGCGUAGACCUCGUGGAAUAGCUCGACAUCCACCAAAGUCAUAUCGUGAGGACUGCAUCAGGAGUGCCAAUGACAUCGCCAACGAAGCAGAAGAGUUUGCUUUUGUUGUACAGAACAAGACCAAUGACUAUCGUCUUGACGUGGAUAAGUCGCCUAUCAAUAAGAGAGCCUGGGUCUUACAAGAGAGGUAUCUUUCACGGCGCAUCCUGUGCAUUGGUAGUGAUCAGCUAUACUGGGAGUGCCAAGGCGAAUCCAGUAGAAGUUGCAUGUCAAGAGAAGCCUGCCCAGAAAGUUUCUCAAGCUUUGGAAACCGCCUGCCGCUCCAGCCACUGACCGACAACGACGAAGGCCUAUUUUGGAGUCUGAUAGCUGAGCAGUAUAGCCAACAAGACUUGACGUACGAACAAGAUAGGAUCGUUGCUAUAUCAGGGCUUUCAAAAGUCAUCUCAACUCUGACUGGUGAUACUUAUUUCGUUGGUAUCUGGCUCGAGAACUGGAUGACCGGACUUCUAUGGGAGUCCGAUCAAGCAAAAGAUCGACCGCACAGACCUAAGCCAUCCCAUACAGACUUGCCUCCUAUGGUAUUGCCUUCGUGGUCUUGGCUUAGCUUCUCGGGAUCAGUCUAUCUCAGUACAGACGGACCAAAGAUCUCAAGGACAGAUCCGAACUCCUUCGAGUCCAAUAUCUUCAGACCGCUUGCUCUUUUGAGUGGAAAUACCCUUCUACCAGUCGAUACCGACCCUUCUAUUUCCAUCGAACGUGCCAUAUUACAUGUAAGGUGUUUGCUCAUACCAGUCGAGUUUGGUGGCUUCGCACCUGAAGGAGAUCUACCCUCCUACUUCCAGCUCCAUCACGAAAUUGAGUUGAAAUCAAUGGGCUUUGACAUAUUACAGCUUGCUUCAUUUCCCAACGGUCGAAGGGAGUACGGAGAAAUAAAGGUUAAUUUCAGCAAGCCGAUCAAGACAUCCUUGCAUUACUUCCUUGCCCCGCUGUACCUGCGCAAGGAGAAUGCGGCUGAACCCCAAAAGCUUAGCCCUGACGAUACUGAAGGCCUCGGACUUGUUCUCGAAGAGAGCUUCUGCGCUGGACAGCGCGAGUUUAUCAGGGUUGGGAUGUGGCAAGAAGACUGGAGUUGUUCGUCUCAGCUUGGACCCAUGAUCAGCAACACUAUUGUCAGUCAAGGCAUUGGAGAGGUAAAGCGUGGAAAUAUCGAAGGUAUUACAGAAAUGGAGAAGGGAUUUGAUUCGGGCCUGCGAGAAUACGCACUGAAUCACGCCUCGUCAGUGGUAAACUUUGCCUGGAAAGAAAAGGAGGAGUCUGUCCAAUGCUCAUUACUGCCUCAUUUUACUAAGGCUGGCUGGGCUACCAUUUCAAUAGUAUAA